AGGAGAAGAUUUUGAACCCGAUCAUUAAGAUUUGUAUUAAUAUACGUGAAAUUUUUUUUUUUAUCACUCCGGAUCAAUUUUAUUCAAUGGUAAACAUACUAUUUUCAAUUAAAAUAUAUUAGGUAAUCGAAUUUGGAAUUCGUGGAUGAGUACAAGAAGAAACUCGAUCAAGCAUCUAGCAGAGAUUUAAGAGAUAUUACUAUCUGUAUUUGAUAUAAAUAUUAAAAUGUUUUAAUAUAUAAUAUAAUCCGUCACUUUGAGCAUUUUAAGAGCGUAAAUCAGAGAACACCGCAUUAUUUAUUUGAUUUGGCUUUGUGUACUAAAAUGUCGUGAAACCUCUCCGUUCUCAAAACGCCACAUAUGCGCAUAGUUAUAUUCAAGAGCAUGUGUUUCACGGAGAAUAGCUGGAAGAGCAGUAGCUCAACGACACCAAAAUCGCUCAGCUCAUCAUUCGUUUCGUAGACAACGCGUUAAGCGGACGGGCUGAUUGUAAUUUCUACACAAUUUUGGCAAGUAAAUAAAAUCACAGCAAUCAACUUCAAUAAAAUAUACUUACACUAACAACAACGAUUGACAUAUUUACGAAGACAUUAUUGUAGAACGGGUCAGCGACGAAAUGGGCACCGCAAAUGGAACCAUUCCUAAGCACACGGCUUAUCUAUUGCGUUUAAGUAUUGUUUUGGUGUUGUUUAUUUUCGCAAGCAUUGAUAAGACCAGUGCAUUGGGUCGAUUCCGUAAUGGGCGUUACGAUGAUGGAUUUCUAGGCGAGCCGAGCAAAUUCGAGUCACUGCGGCGCAAGCCAGAGCCGGAAGACAAAUGGUUUGAGCAAAAGCUGGAUCAUUUUGGUGAAAAGAAUAAGCAACUCACUUGGAAACAGCGUUAUUUUGUGAAUGACGAGUUCUAUCGCAACGACAGCACAGCACCAGUUUUUCUAAUGAUCGGCGGUGAAGGUGAGGCAUCGAAACGUUGGAUGUCCGAGGGCGCUUGGAUUAAAUAUGCCGAACAUUUCGGUGCGCUUUGUUUCCAAUUGGAGCAUCGUUUUUAUGGUAAAAGCCAUCCCACAAGCGAUCUCUCCACAAAAAAUCUGGUAUAUCUGACUUCGGAACAAGCGCUUUCUGAUUUGGCUAACUUUAUACGCAGCAUGAAGAAACAAUAUAAUAUGAAUGAUAAUCAAAAAUGGAUAGUUUUUGGCGGUUCAUACCCGGGUUCACUGGCAGCUUGGGCACGUGAAAAGUUCCCUGAACUUAUACACGGCGCUAUCAGCUCGAGUGGACCGUUAUUGGCUAAAGUGGAUUUCAAAGAGUAUUUUGAGGUGGUGAAAGCUUCAUUGGCCACAUACUCUACUGAUUGUUUGGAAGCUGUGAGACGUGCUUUUGCACAAGUUGAAAUUUUAACACGUCACAUGAUCGGACAGCGCAAUUUAGAUGAAAAAUUCAAAACCUGCACACCUAUUAAGGACUCCAUAAAUAAUCCAUUGGACAUGUCCAACUUCUUCGAAUCUUUGGCUGGCAACUUUGCUGGUAUUGUACAAUAUAACAAAGACAACAGGCCUAGUGCCAAAUACACAAUCGAUGAUCUUUGCAAUGUUAUGGUAAAUACUACCAUUGGUCCACCCGUAACUCGUCUCGGUGUUGUUAAUGAUAUGCUCUUGAGUGAGUCGAAAGAGAAAUGUUUGGAUUACAAAUAUGAUACAAUGAUUGCUGAGCUAAAGGAAACUUCUUGGGACGCUAAAGCAUGUAAUGGCAGUCGACAGUGGACCUAUCAGACUUGCAAUGAAUUUGGCUUCUAUCAAACCUCGAAUAAUAAGAGUGACACGUUCGGUGACCGAUUUACAGUUGACUUUUUCAUUAAGCAGUGCAUGGAUGUUUACUCAAAGAGCAUGGACUCGAAAUACUUAGAGCAAGUUGUCUCGCAGACAAAUAAAAAUUAUGGCGCACUUAAACCCAACACCACAAAUGUGCUCUACGUACACGGUUCCAUUGAUCCAUGGCAUGCACUCGGCUUGACUGCUUCGAGAAAUCCGAAAUUGCCCACAAUUUACAUUGAAGGUACUGCUCACUGCGCCAAUAUGUACGAACCUGCUAAAACCGAUCCGCCACAACUUGUAGAGGCUCGUAAUAAAAUUAUAAAAUAUCUUGCCCAGCUGUUAGAAAACUUCAAGGUGGAACUUGCCUAAAUAUUAUCAAAUAAGCUUUAUUGAGAACAAUUAUAUGUUUUUAUUUUACGCUAAUACCAAAUGAAAUUCGAAUAUAACUGAACAAACUCUAUCGAAUAUAUGCCCUACUUGUAAAUACAUAUAUUUUUUAUAUUAAUAUGAAACAAAAA